CUGAAACACAGGAUCAUUUAUUAGUAAACGUAUUUUAACACAGAGUCCACCUAACUAACAGUUCUCCCUGCCAUGGCGAAACCAACUCAAGAAUACAUACAGAAACCCUAAUUCCUUCUUAACCCACAAUGUUAAUUAUCAAAUCCUUAAACACUAUCAUAAUCUCAAUGAUGUUUGGUUUCACAAUUUUGAUUCUCUUCAUUACUGGUUUCCUCGAAUUCCCAUCCGUUUCCUCUUCUUCUUCAUCAUCAUUGUUAUCAUCUUCUUCUCUUACUGAUUACAAAAUUACAGCUAAGAGAACCGUAGAUCCUUUUGUUGACUUAGUGGGUGCAUUCAAAAAGUGGGAUUCUGAAGUGGGUUGUUCUCAAUUUAGAGAAAAACACAAAUUUUUGGGAAAUAGGUCUACUUCUUGUUUGCAGAAUGUGAAUGGAGAGAUUGAUUGUAAAGCAUUGAAGAUGAAUCAUGUGAGUGUAUUGGUGAAAGGAUGGACAUGGAUUCCUGAUAAUUUGGAUAAUUUGUAUUCCUGUAGAUGUGGGUUGACUUGUCUUUGGACCAAAUCUUCUGUUCUUGCUGAUAAACCUGAUGUGUUGUUGUUUGAAACUACUACACCUCCAUUUCAGAGACGUGAAGGAGACCCGCUUCGCGCGUACAUGGAUCUUGAGGCAGAAAGGAAAAGAUCAGGUGUAGAAGAUAUCUUUAUUGGCUAUCAUGCAAACGAUGAUGUUCAAGCAACUUAUGCUGGUAGUCUUUUCCACAAUAAUCGUAACUAUCAUGCAUCUCCUUACAAAAACAAAGAUAUACUCGUUUAUUGGUCUUCAUCAAGGUGCCUUCCUCGUAGAAACAAACUUGCAAAAGAACUCCUCUCGCUACUGCCUCACCACUCAUUUGGAAAGUGCUUGAACAAUGUAGGAGGCCUGGAUAUGGCUCUUUUUAUGUACCCUGAGUGCUCUAACAACCCUAGUUCGGCCCCAAAAUGGUGGGAUCAUCUCCAUUGUUCAAUGUCUAAUUACAAAUUUGUUCUUGCAAUUGAGAACACGAUGAUAGACAGUUACGUUACGGAGAAGCUAUUUUAUGCCUUAGAUUCUGGUGCAAUUCCCAUAUAUUUUGGAGCACCUAAUGUUUUAGAAUUUGUUCCGCCAAAUUCAAUAAUAGAUGGUUCCAAGUUCAGUUCAAUGGAAGAAUUGGCUUCUUACGUGAAGGCCCUCGCAAAUGACCCUGUUGCUUACGCAGAAUACCAUGCCUGGAGGAGAUGUGGUGUAUUAGGUAACUAUGGAAACACUCGUGCUGCCAGCUUGGAUACAGUACCAUGUCGGUUAUGCGAGGUUGUAAGUAGAAAAGGUGGAAGGAAAGCAUGAACUUUCUGGAUUUACCGUUACAUUCUUUACACAUCGUUUAUAUCAUUGAUUUCUGCUUUCUUCAGUUUCAAGAGAUUUAGGACAUUCUUGGCAGGUACGCCGUUUUUCUUAUUUACUGGGUCAUUGUUAGCAUUAUACAACAUGGGGGUUGAAUUUUGCAUAGUAUAUUCAUGUCUUGGGUCAUUGGAACUUAUUGAUCCCAAAAGUUUUCUCUUAUCUUCACUGUGACCCUUAAUGAAAUGCAACUCAUAGACUUCACUGUACAUGUAACUAACAGUAAUUCCAACACGUAAUAAUUCUCUGAAAUUUUGGUUA